GCGCGCGUACGAAAAAUAUUAUGAUUCAUGCGCACGCACGUAAGGUAAACACUCACAUACGCGCGCGAUUAUUGUGAUAAUAUUGUGUCAUAACAACUCUUCCGACCCCUUCACCGUCAGUCGUUACCCAGUCACAUCAGCAGCUGUUCCGUUGUCCGUGUCGUCGUUGUUUUCGUUGGUUUUCUGUUUUCCACCGCGGUUCCUGUGACCAAAGGUUUAUAGCCGCGAGUCGUCCCGUCUUCGUCUUCGCACUACGACGUCCGUUCAGUCGUCUUUUGCGGACCCCAUGUACCCUCAGAUGGACAAAAACGCUGGGCUGGCGCCGACAGCCCCGCCGUCUUACUCGGAAUCCAUUAACGGACCUCCAAUGUACAACGGCAGUGUCCCUCAGUAUCAGCCGCCGCCGCCGCAGUACGCUCAACAGCCUAAUCAACAACAGCCCGCUCAAGUCAUUGUCGUCCAAGCGACGCCUCCUAUUCCACCAUUAGGUCAACGUUCAGUAAAUGUAACAUGCCCAUCAUGUAAAUCAUUGGUGAUGUCGACUGUGGAAGAAACUACAUCUAGUAAAGCAUAUAUAUGUUGCAUGUUGAUGUGUAUUUUUGGGAUGUGUGCUUGUUCUUAUUUGCCAUUUUGCAUGGACAGCUUUAUGAACUACAAACAUACAUGUCCCAGGUGCAAAGCGUUUUUUGGUGUAUACCAACCAUGAGCAAACAAAAUUAUUUAUUAACUAUAUAAAAAAUGUAUUGCUUUAAGAA